AUGGGAAGCCCCAAGCCCGGCAUGCAACAGGGAGGCUAUGGAGGAGGAGGGAUGGGAGGCGGGAUGGGAGGAGGCGGGAUAGGAGCAGGAAUGGGCAGCGGAGGAGGAAUAGGAUCACGAGCCGGGGAGCCAUACCGCCUGGCCACCCACGAGAGCCCGACUCCCCAGAGACAGAUGCAGGGCCAAGGCCCCGGGAUGGGUCACGGUCCCGCAGGAGGCCCCGGGGGCCACGGGGUUCAGAGCGGCCAAAGCCCCGGCCAGCACGCGUCCCGUCGAAACCUCCAGGUCGACUUCACCGGCUCGGGCGGCUCCCGAACGGGCCGGUCUCCCUCGGUGUCUCCGGACCGCGGCGUGACGCCCACCUCGCCCUACUCGCUGCCCCAGAUCGCGCCCAUGCCGAGCAGCAAGCUGUGCCCGGUGUGCACGACCACGGAGCUCACCAACCCGCCGGCUGUACCCAACUACAACACCUGCACCCAGUGUAAGGCCACCGUGUGCAACCAGUGUGGCUUCAACCCCAACCCACACCUGACAGAGGUCCAGGAGUGGUUGUGUCUGAACUGUCAGAUGCAGAGGGCUCUGGGCAUUGACAUGACCACACCUCGCUCUAAGAGCCAGCAGCAGAUUCACUCUCCAUCCCACCAAGCCAAGCCCAUUGCCCAGCCUCAACAGCCCGUGUCCCAGCCCUCACAGCAGCCGGCUCAGCCCAAACCACUGGCACACAGUCAGCCGACCCAGCCGCAACAGCAGCCCCAGUCUCAACCGUACGGCCAGGCGCAGCCCUACUCCCAACCCCAGCCUUACCCCCAGUCUCAGCAGUACCCUCCCUCCCAGACCCAGCAGUACCCUCCGUCUCAGUCUCAGCCCCAGCAGUACCCUCCCUCCCAGCCCCAGCAGUACCCCCCAUCCCAGCCCCAGCAGUACCCUCCAUCCCAGCCCCAGCAGUACCCUCCGUCCCAGCCCCAGCAGUACCCUCCAUCCCAGGCUGGGCCCAAACCUCACUCACAAGCUCAGCCUCAGGCGUCUCCAGGCCUCCAGAGACACCCAGGCCCUGGCGGGCCCCAGACCCAGACAGGGCCUUCUCAGCAGGGAAUGAGAUCUGACUCGUAUUCCCAGAGAGGUCCUGGAGGUAGCGCCAGCCAGCCCGGCGGCCCAAGGAUCCCCCACCCAGGUGCUGUGCCCCUCCCAGGGCUGACCAAGGCGCCCUCUCAGCCCGAGCUGACCCGAGGCUCUCCAAUGCACCAAUCCACCGCACGGCACCAUGACCAGACCAGAAGUGCCGGUUCCUCCCCAGCCCACCGGCCUCAAAGCCAGGCCCCUCCGCCGGCCCAGGAUGGCCUGACCAAACUGUUUGGGUUUGGGGCAUCGCUGCUCAACCAGGCUAGUACUCUAAUCAACGUAGACCCUCUGCCCACUGCCUCCACCCAGCCAAGUCCUGCCCGAGGCAAGGUGGUCUUCAGUAAUGCAACCCCAGACAACAGGCAGCAACAACAUGGGGCCCCUGGUACCAAGCCUUUUGGGAUGGGUGGCCCUCAUGCUCCAACUCAGAUGGGAGGCCCGCAUGCCCCAAGCCAAAUGGGGGGCCCUCAUGCUCCAACCCAAAUGGGGGGCCCUCAUGCUCCAACCCAAAUGGGUGGCCCUCAUGCUCCAACCCAAAUGGGAGGCCCUCAUGCUCCAACCCAAAUGGGUGGCCCUCAUGCACCGAGCCAAAUGGGAGGUCCCCAAAUGGGCGGUCCUCAUGCACCAACUUCGAAACAACAGCAACAGCAACCAACGCACCACCCACAGCAACAGCAGUCACCCAUGCAUCACCAAAAAGGACCACAGCAACAACAAGCACAGCCGCAUCAGCAAUCGCCUGCGCAUCAACAAAAAGCGCUGCAGCAGCAGCAGCAGGAGCCCGUGGCGGCCCCUGUCGCCCCUCCGGAGCCUGAGAAACCGAAAGUGAACUGCCCACUGUGUAAAACAGAGCUGAACAUCAACAGCUCCGAGCCGCCCAACUACAACACCUGCACCCAGUGUCACAGCCAAGUGUGUAACCUGUGUGGCUUCAAUCCCACGCCACACCUGGUGGAGAAAAAGGAGUGGUUAUGUCUGAACUGCCAGACCCAGCGGCUGCUGUCCGGAGGCGGCCUGGACGAUCCCCCGCUUCCUGUUCCCCAUCCGUCGCCCAAGCACCAGCCGAUGGGCUCACCCCGCCACCAGGCGCUGGCCAGUCAGCAAAGCCCGGUCCACAAAGCCACCAGUCAGCAGGGGCCCAAGCCGACCCAGCCCCAGUCCCAGCCGCAGAAACCCCAGACAGGGACAGGCGUGAGCGGCCCGUUCGCGCCCACGGCUGCCAAGCAACCGACCGACACAAAGACCACGACGCCUGCGCCAGCCCCGGCCCCUGAAACGCAGAAACAGCCGAAACCAACGGAGGACAAGCCCAAGACGGAGCCUGAGAGCCAAACUGCCAAAGAAACCAAACUGUCCCAGAAGAAGGGAGAGCAGAUUACGCCCAUCAAGGAGAUUAAGAAGUCCAGACACUAUGAUGACACGAAGAACAACAGCAGCCAUGACUUGUCACGUAGCCCCCAAAGCCUCAGUGACACAGGCUACUCCUCAGAUGGCAUCUCCAGCUCCCACAGUGAAAUCACAGGCCUCAUCCAGGAGGAGGAGAUGAAGCUGAGUGAGAGGGGCAUCAGUGGGCGAGGUUCCCCACCCAGCCCAUCUGAAAUCACAAAGCUGGAAAGUUCCAUGAGGCCUCUGCUAGAGAAGAGCCUCUCCGAAGAGAAGAUGGACAGAAGGGGACGAAAACACAGAGACAGGGAUCUGGAUGACCGAGGGAAGCAGCGGCCACGGUCCCUGUCAAUCACACCAGAGGCAUACGACUCAGAUGAGGAAUUAGAGGAUAUACUGGAGGAAGAGGAGGAUGGAGGAGAGUGGGAGGGUAAACGUAAGGAAGGAAAGGAAGAGAAGAAGGAGAAGAAAAAGAAGGAGAAAGAUGCGGAGCCUACAGAGAUGACAGAUGAGGAGUUCAUGAGGAGACAGAUAAUGGAGAUGAGUGCUGAUGAAGAAAACGAAGAAGAGGAGGAGGAGGAAGAAGAGAUGGAGGAAGAGGAGGAUGAUGAAGAUGAAGGAUAUGGCUACCAGAAACCCAAGAAAAGCCACCAUAAGCACAUCAUCUCCGACUCAGGGAAAGAGAAACGACGCCUUCAGCACCACUCCAGCAGUUUUGAGGAGGAAACCAAGAGCUCUACCGAUGUGUACAAGGGUUCAGCAGAGGAGGGCGAGGAAGAUGUGAUGGCAUCACAAGGAGGCCUGAGGCGCUUCAAAACCAUUGAACUCAACAACACCAACAGCUACAGCCGAGACAUGGAGCUGGGCAAUGAAAAUGACCUGAGCCUUGACCGAGAACCAGAACUAGAGAUGGAAAGCUUGACGGGAUCUCCUGAGGAGCGAUCCAGGGGUGAUUACUCCUCCACUCUGCCACCCACCUCAUCCUCCUAUGGCUCAGGCCAGUCUCCCACUUCCAUUUCCUCCAUGGAGGAGGAUAGUGACAGCAGCCCAAGCAGGAGGCAGAGACUGGAGGAGGCUAAGCAGCAGAGAAAAGCACGCCACCGUUCCCACGGCCCUCUCCUCCCUACCAUUGAAGACUCCUCAGAGGAGGAUGAGCUGAGAGAGGAAGAGGAGCUUCUCAGAGAGCAAGAGAAGAUGAGAGAGGUGGAACAACAGAGAAUAAGGAGUACAGCCCGGAAGACGAAGAGGGACAAAGAGGAACUGAGGGCUCAGAGGCGCAGGGAGAGGUCGAAGACACCACCAAGUAACCUUUCACCCAUUGAAGAUGCCUCCCCAACUGAAGAGCUGAGACAAGCUGCUGAGAUGGAGGAGCUCCAUCGCUCUUCUGCCUCUGAAUAUUCUCCACAGAGUCUGGACUCAGAGGCUGAGGGCUACGAGUCUAAACUCUACAAGUCAGGCAGCGAGUACAACCUUCCUACAUUUAUGUCUCUAUACUCCCCAAUCGAGAAAUCAUCAACCACAACAACUACCACGGCACCAUCCUCUACUUCCAAACCGCUGAAGAGUGCUGAGGAAGUAUAUGAGGAGAUGAUGAGGAAGGCAGAGAUGCUUCAGAAACAACAGAAACAACAACAGCAACAGCAGCAACAUGGGAGACAUGGGCAGUACUAUGAAGAGGACAUAAACGGACAGGGGUACGAUGAUGAAUAUGAAUAUGAACAAGACCAAACAGGAUAUGACAAUGAGGCAGUGGAGACGGAAACAGAUAUAUAUGAAGAGAUCCGCCAAACAUCUCAGAACAUCACCAAGAUGCAGCAGGCCACCGAUGAGCAAGUGGAGAUUGAGAUCGAGAGCUCCUACCCAGACAAACAGCUCUUAGACACAGGCUCAGCCUUUGCUAAACUGCUUGAACAAAGUAAUGCACUUCUGACCCCAGGAACCAGCCCCACACAGAUCUCAGCUCCUGUCUCCUUUGCUGAGACUGGAGGACGGAUCCCUGAUGUCCGAGUAACCCAGCAUUUCUCUGCCAAGGAUGGGCACAAAGACAGAAUCAAGAGCCAGGCAGGAAAGAAUGGAAUAACUCCAACAGUGGCCGCCACCACUAUUGCAGCCUAUGGAGUUUAUGCAAGAGAUGCAGUGACUAUUUCUCAAACUAGUUCGAGCCACACUAUUACAUCUACUCAGUCUGGUAUUUAUGGCAGGCAUACAGGAGGCCCUGCCACAUCCACUACUACAGUCUCCAGUGUAUGCAGCAAGAUUGCAGAGAUAACCCAGGCCUAUAGCCAGAGGGAGGUGAUCACUAGAAGGGUAGGGGAUACCAGGGGCGUUCAAGUUCGAGACAGCUCAACAUCUUCCACAGAGAGAAUUAUUGAGCCACGUUCUCCUAAGUACACUACGUAUUACAGGAGCACCAGUCCUCCUCUAUCUCCAUCACCACCACCACAGAGUCCUACCCGCUCACCCUCCAGAAGGGCCACAGCUGAGUUCUCUACGCAGACUUUGAGCUCUGGAUUAGGGAUGCAGUCUGGCUCUGGGCCCACAUCUCCAGUGAUGGCUCAGGCCACACAAACAUCACAUCGGGCAGUUUCCCCACGACUUUACCGGCAGCAGUCAUCCCAGGAUGCGCCAUACUCCCCACCCCCAAGCCCAGCACGACCGAUGACAGUCAAUACUGCCACUUCUCCUCUGUCCUCACCCACCCGUUUCAGCCGGCAAUCAACAUUUGAGACAUACUCCCCAAGCGCUAGCCCGCCAGACACCCCACCUUACCAGCAAUCACCAACACGCAGCUUUUACCGAACACAACGGGUGGAGAAAGUGAAUGUGGGAACCAGUAUGGUCACCACGGCCAGUAUUUAUAGCAGAGGUUCGAUGUCAAUGGAUAACAUCUCCCUCUGUCGUAUAUCCACUGUCCCAGGCACUUCCCGGGUAGAGCAGGGCCAGAUGAUCCAAGGAGGAAGUGUUGUGGACCUCAGAACAGUCACCAAACCAGCUCCAGUUAUCAUGACUGACCAAGGAAUGGAUCUCACCUCCCUGGCCACUGAAAGCAGGAAGUACCAUGGUGGAUCAGAGGGGAGCAGACACUCUACAAUUGUUCAGCCACUGAUUAUGAACCUGAAUGCCCAGGAAACUACCACACCAACCACUGUGAGUGUGACCGUAGCUGCCUCCAUGUUCAUGUCCCAGCCCAAACAGCCAACAGUCUACGGUGAUCCCCACCAGAACCGGGUGGAUCUUGGUCAGGGCAUGGGUUCGGCUGUGUGUCUGUCCCAGAACAAACCACCAAUUCCACCACCUACUGACCCAUCAAUACCAAAAAUUGAUGCCAAACUAGAAGACUUGAGUAUCCAACAGCAAGAGCUACAAAAACAACAAGAGAAGUUACAGAAGCAACAAGAGUUGCUUGAACAACAGCUGCAGCAGCACCAUCAGUUGCAACAGCAGCAGCAACAGGCAUCUGCCUUGGCCAGGUAUAAUCUCACUGGCCAGAUCUCACCUUUACUGAAGAAAGACCUGCUAGUUAGCCAGACAACGAAUGCCUCAGCUGUGGUCAGUGCCAUAUCCCCGGCUGUUAAUCCUGAGUUAUUUGGCACUGGUCCAGUCGAGCUUAAAGGGAAGCCCACUCCUCCUGGUGUGAUGAAUCUGUCAGGGGACAAAUCACCCCAUAGUGUGGUGGUACAGAUGGAUGGAGGCAUGGGGCAGGGUGGAGCUGUGACCCAGCUAGUGAAAGUAGAGGAAGGGCAGGAUGCUAUGGAUCUGACAGGAGGUCAAAUCAAACCGGACACCCAACCAGCUUGCUGUGAUGUUGUUUACCGGCUUCCUUUUGGCAGAAGCUGUGUUGGUGGGUCUGAAAAAGAGGGUGUAAGGCCUCCUUCUGCCCCACCUCUCAGCUAUGACUCAGAUCCAGAGAGACAACCUGGAAGGUACCAUGAGUAUCCAAUGGAUGGGCGCAAGGCCUACACUCUGCCUUUCCCAGGCAGACUUCAGCCUUCAAUGUCUGAUACAAAUUUAGCUGAAGCCGGGCUGCAGUCCUAUCAUUCUAAACUAGAUCCACACCUUCAAGCCACUGGAGAGCUUGCCAUGGAUCUAACUGCAAUGAAGCAUGCCUAUGAUGGAGGUUAUAUGGGGAUGCAGUAUGGCUCUUAUACAGAUUUGCGCCACGGAGGGGAUAUCACAGCCCCAACUCUGCCUAUAAGGAGGUUUAAUUCCCUGUCAAACAUCAGUUCAGACUAUGGCUAUUCUGCUCGUGACAUAGCUAGCUUCCAGGAGUCCAACUUGGCUCAGUACAGUGCUACAACAGCCAGGGAAAUCAGUCGGAUGUGUGCAGCACUCAAUUCUAUGGAUAGGUAUGGAAGCAACCCAGACUUAAUGCAGUUUGGCAGUCUGGGGAGAGGGCCUGGGCCUGCGUCUUCCAGACUCGCAGCAGGUCUGGGAAUGAGACCAAAUCUCCUCUUUGGACCAGAUGGAAAGCCAAUCUCCCACAGUCAAGCACUAACCAACCUUAUCAAUGCCAGACAGGCCAGUCUCAGAGCCAUGUACCCUGCAGCCAUGAGGUCUGCUGAUGGAAUGAUCUACUCCACCAUCAACACACCUAUCGCCUCUACACUUCCCAUCACGACCCAGCCUGCUUCUGUGCUUCGUCCAUUAUUAAGAGGGGUCUAUAGGCCAUUCCCCUCUGCCAACAUGACACCUGUGCCUCUGUCUAGUCUUAGCAGACUACCAAUGACUCCCAGAAUGCCAUUAUCGGGACAAGCUCCAUUCCGUUACCCAGCACCAAGUCUUUUCCAGGUGGCUACAACCGCCACCACGACUGCUGCUGCAGCAAUUACCUCAGCACAAGUGAGUGCUCCAGUUACCAUUUCCAUGCCAACAACCACCUCUGUAGCCCAGGAUGCACCUGUGUACAUGGGCAAAGGUGCCACUGUUACCUCCUCAUCAGCAGUGGCCACCACAGCACCAGUGGUUGUCAUACCAACAGAGCCACAGCAGCAGCCAAUCAAUCUGUCCCAGGCCCACCUGCAAAGUCAACAACAGCAGCAGCAACAGGUGACAACCAGUCAGCAGCAAGCCCAGCCUCCUCCAGCAGCUCACGCCUACCCGCCCUCCGGCCCCACACACACACAUGGCUACACCCAACCUCCAAUAGCCCCAUCUGCCCCUACCAGUGGCAUCCCCAUUGGGGGUCUUCCUCCAUUCCCUCCACCAGGCUCUAUACACAAGGAGGGGGAAACAGAGGAGGAGAGGCUCCACCGUCAGCAGGAGCAGCUUCUGCAGAUGGAGAGAGAGCGUGUGGAGCUGGAGAAACUAAGGCAGCUGCGCCUCCAGGAGGAGCUGGAAAGAGAGAGGCUAGAGCUGAAGCUGCACAGGGAGAAGGAGCAGAUACUGGUUCAGAGAGAGAUACAGGAGCUACAGACCAUCAAGGAACAGGUUCUCCAGCAGCAGCAGCAGGAGCGUGAGAACCAGCUGGUUCUCCAGAGGGAGCAACUGGCCCAGCAGAAGUCACAGCUGGAUCAGAUCCAGUCUUUACAGCAGCAGCUCCAGCAGCAGCUUGAAGAGCAGAAAAGGCAGAAGACAGCAGCAGCAGCCGCUGCACUGGAUAUGAACGGCCAGCCCCUGCACCCCUACAUCGAGACUCAGAUGAGCUCCCGCUCGCUCCCCAACUCCUCGUCAGAGAUGUGUCUGAGGAGCCAGGAGGAGCACGCAGAGACCAGAAGCAACAUGAGGAAACACAGCUCCAUGACCAGGCUGACCAGGGACAGCCUGGACAGAGACGACAUGACGUUCUACGGCUCCCCCCGCAGGAUCGUGGACAGCUGUGUGCAGACGGAUGACGAAGACGGAGAGGAGAGGUACAUGAUGCGUCACCGCACCAGGAGGCGCGGUCGCAGCGUAGACUGCUCUGUCCAGACCGACGACGACGAGGACAAGGUGGAGUGGGAGCAGCCGGUUCGCCGAAGACGUUCCCGCUUCUCCCGGCACUCUGAGUCGAGCAGCACUGGCACCGGCACCGCCGCAACCACAGCCAUUGACAGCAAAACCGAUCCCUCCAAGAUGGCGUCUUCCAGUAUCGCCAUCCAGACCAUCAGAGAAAUGUCCUGCCAGACAGAAGUGGAACACCUGGGAAGAGUCUCCCCAGCGAUCCAUGUGACAGUACCAGACCCAAAUAAAGUGGAGAUCGUGCACUACAUCUCUGGACCCGAGCGGACCCAGAAAGGACAGUCUCUCGCGUGCCAGACAGAUCCGGAGGCCCAGUCGCAGGGGGUCGUAGCUCCCCAGCUCAGUGUCCCAACCACAGUCAGUCCAUAUUCUUCCUCUGCCACCUCGGGAACGCAGCAGUCUGGUGCUGUUGACCCUCUGGUCCAGCAGCGUCAGCAGCAGAUUGCAGCCAAUGCAGCCAAGUUUGAGCGCCGCCGUCCCGACCCGCUUGACAUCAACUACCAGCCUCACAACCACCUCCACAACGAGUCCAUCUCCAGUAUCAUCCGCCAGCAGCAAACAGCCCCCAAAUCCCCGCAGGUCCUCUACUCCCCAGUUUCACCGGUGUCCCCUCACCGCCUGCUGGAGACCUCCCUGUCCAGCGAGAGGCUGAACAAGGCCCACGUCACCCCUCAGCAGAAGUCCUACACGGCCGAGUCCCCCCAACGCCACUCCUCCAUGCCCCGGCCCAUCAAGAGCACCCAAAGGUCCAUGUCAGACCCCAAGCCCCUCAGCCCGACUACAGAUGAGCACACCAAAGCCAGGCUGUCCCUUUACCAACAACAGGCACUCCAGAGUCAGCUCGCGGCCCUACAGCAGAGCUCCCUUCUCCGUAAGGUAAAGCGGACCCUGCCCAGCCCUCCGCCAGAGGAGACUGCCACCUCAGCACAUCUGCCCAUGAUGACCCCUGCCCUUCCCCAGGUCUACCUGCCCUCCGUGCCCAGCCUCAAGCCCGGCUCCAGGCCCGGCUUGGCUGCCAAAGCCAGCCUCCUCAAAGACCUCACCCAUGAGCUGAAGGCCGUGGAGCAAGAGUCGACCAAACUGAGAAAGCAGCAAGCUGAACUAGAGGAGGAAGAAAAAGAGAUUGACGCUAAGCUGAGAUACCUUGAGCUGGGGAUACAUCAAAGAAAAGAGACACUAGUCAAAGAGAGAGAGAGGAGGGAUAUUGCCUAUCUGAGGUGUAUGGGUGACACCAGGGACUAUAUGUCUGAUAGUGAGUUGAAUAAUCUACGCCUAGCAGCUGCAGCAGCUUCAUAUGAAAGCAAUGGGCUGCUAACAGCCAGGCCAAGCACCGCCCCACUCAGCCAGUUCACCAGCGAUGUCAAUACUGCAGCCCAGUACCCACCCACCUCAUCCUUCCUCUCCUACCAGUACCCCCAGAGCCAACAAGCUGCACCAUCUCAACAAUCAAGUGCACCCUAUCCAUCUUCGACAUACAGCCAGCCUCCUUAUCCAUCAGUGUCUCAGUCCCAGGCGCUGCCACAGCCCACACCAAUCCAAAGCCACGUCCCCCCUCCAGCCCCAUCCUACCAAACUCAAACCUCCUACCCUUCCCACACCUACCCCCAGUCUCAGCCCCCAUACCCCCAGACAGACCUGGGGGUGCCAGCUGCACCUCAACCACAGCCCCAGCCAGGACACACUGGUUUCGGGCCCGCACCACCUGGCCAGCCCCCAUACCCCACCCACAGCUCACCCUAUCCCAGUGCUGUGUCCUACCCCAGCCAGACUACACCAUACCCUGGGCAGUCCCAAGCUGACAUCCUGACAGUCCACCCAGGAAGACCCAGGCAGACAUCACUGGCUGAUCUAGAGCACAAGAUGCCCACCAACUAUGAAACCAUCAGCAACCCCACAGUGGUGGUCACCACCACGGCCCAGGAUGCCACCUAUUCCAGUGCAGCCCCAUCUUAUGGUCAGUACACUGGUACGACAACCAUGGCCAGCUCCUACGGGCCCUAUGGCUCAGCACCGGUGUCCAGCAGCUAUGGUGGCUAUUCCACCAUGCCAGCCAGCACUUAUGGCCAGUAUACUUCGACCCCAGCUAGUACGUAUGGCCAGUACACCACAACGACAGCUAAUACUUAUGGCUACACCACCACCACAGCCAGCUCAUAUGGACAGUACACUUCUACAGUUUCCAAUGCAUAUGGUCAUUCUGUGGACAGUCCGUCCACUUACGGCACGGCAGAUGGGAUGUAUGGGGCUCCUGGAUUGGAGCAAAACAUCCCGCGGAACUACAUGAUGAUUGAUGAUGUAAGUGAGCUAACGGCGAAAGACGGGCUGGGCACGACGACAGGAGACAUGAUGCACCAUGGCAGCAGUGGGCGUUACCCAGGCGAUGUCCACGGCCACAGCACCACCGUUGGCGGGUCGACGCGCAGCGGCACUGGCAGCUCCUCGUACGGCAGGGCAGCAGAGGAGGAAGCGGCGAUGCAGGAAGAGCUAUACGACCACCACGGCAGGGGUAAGAGCAGCUACAGGCACGGACCUCUAGGGGGCAGCAGCAGCAGCAGCGUGAGCGCUAGCAUGGGUGGGGGAUCCUCCUAUUACUAUGACUACGACUACAAACAUGGCAGCAUCCGCUCCGGGGUACAGAAACCUUCACCGUCUUCCAGAAGCCUUCUGGCUCCUGCUGUCAUGUCCUCCAAGCGCAGCAAGCACAGGAAACUGGGGAGUAUGGAGCAGAAAAUCUCUAAGUUCUCCCCCAUUGAGGAGGCCCGGGACGUGGAGGCAGACCUGGCCUCCUAUUCUUCAGCGGCCGGCGGGGCUUUCCCCUCCUCUCGCAUCCGAGGCCGUCAGCUGAUCGAGGAUUACGGCUUCAAGAGGAGUACUUACGAGGGCAGCGGCACCGGCCACAGUAGCCGAUACUACGGUGUGAUGGUGGAGGAGGACGAUCGGAUUUACUAUACCUCCACUGGCCGCUCCCGUUCCACCGGCUACGGCAUGGACAAGAUCUCAGCCAAGGAUUACUCUGGGUACCGUAGCCGGUCCUAUGAGAGGGACGACCGCUCCUACCGGUCUGGCUACAGCCGGGGGCGCCACCCAACCCGGCAGUACUCUGAAGAGGAAAGCCCACUCAGUCCCCUGGGGAGGUUCAUGGGUUCUGGGCGUUCGUCAAGCUUAGGUCCUGACCCGUAUGACAGUCGCAGCAGUAGAUAUCAUUAUUAUUAUGGCCAGUAUGGUUCCAGCCACUCGCUGCCUGACGUACAAGACCACAUACGGGACCUUCCCCGGACCCAUGUCUACAAACCGGACGAUACAUACAUUAUAGACGAUUAUCAUUGCGCUGUGUCAGACAGCGAAGCCUACCAUCUGGGCCAGGAAGAGACUGACUGGUUCGAGAAGCCGCGCUCCAGUUCCCGACACUACAGCAGCCACUCGUCUGGGAGGAGCCGGCACAGUGUCAAACAUACCUACCAUGACUACGAUGAGCCUCCUGAGGAGGACUUGUGGCCCCAGGAUGACUAUGGUCACGGAGGGCGACAUUCUUCUUCCCGUGACCACCGGCACCAUGGCAGCUCCAGCCGGCACUCGUCAUCAUCACGCCACUCAGACGAGCCGAGGUCCUCAAGGUCGUCCAAGGGGCACCCCAAGGACCAAUCGAUGCGCCACGACCCCUCAGGGCGAUCAUCGUCGUCAGGGAGACGUGGGGAGUCACGGUCCGGAGGGUACCACUCCUCGGACUACUCUCGAGACCCAUCUGGGCACCACCAUGGACAGCGCUCAUCCAGACAGGGAGACCCUCACAGGUCCUCCCGCAGCAAGUCCCAGCAGCCUGCAGACCUCCAGGGCCAGCCGCCAGGCUCCUCCAGGUCUGGCAGCAGCUCUACCCGGGGACAGGGCCCUGCCGGAGGGCCCCCAGGAUCUGGACGACAGGCUGGUCCAGGCUCCCAGACAGACGGGGCUCCAGGACAGAGGACCCAGCUCCAACAGCAGGCCCAGACGUCGGCGGCCAGGCCAGGGCAGCCCGGUGCAGCGGGGACCACCGGGCCUCAGCAGCAGCCCCCUGCCCAGGGUCAAGGCAUGGGCAUGGGGCAGGGCCAGGCCAAGCCAGGGCAAAUGGGACCAGCUGGUGGACCCAUGGGCCAGGCCAGGCAGGCCGGUCCCACCGGCCCCACGCCAGCCACCACGGGCAAAAUCGACACGCCUCCAGUAACAGCCAUUGGAGCAAAAGCAGCGCCUGCUACAGCUGCAAAAACCCCACAACCCCCACUCACAGGCAUAGGCUCCAAGGCGGCUCCUAGGCCAGGAGGCAUCGGCAGUGCAGCAGCAGGUCAGCCCGGCAUGGAGGGAGAGGGCAUGUUCUCCAAGAUCCUGCCUGGAGGAGCAGCUGAGCAGGCCGGAAAACUAGGAGAAGCUAUCUCUGGAUUUGGCAAGAAGUUCACCUCUUUCUUCUGAGGUGCUGAGAUGAAGGAGUGUGUAAAUGUUUCAUGAGGAAGUCACAGGGCCUUGUACCAGAAAAACCUAUGAAGUUCCCCCGCUUUUAUUUUCCUUAAACGAGAGAGAGAGAGGAAGGAGGGAGAGAGAGAGACGAGCAGAGAGAGGAGAGCUGAGCAUACUGCCAACACGGACUGGAAACCCCAGGAUACCUCAUGUCCCAGGCCUGAGCACACGCUGGCAGAGAGAGCGCCCUGUUCUCUCUGGCAGGCCAGACAAUCACUCCAUCUUCUGAAGCAGUAACCCCACCCCUCCAGCCUCCCCAGCCAAAGAACCAAACACCACUGCUGCUCUGACAACCUUCACACCCUAAAACUAACCUACAGCAGCGCCACCCUCCACUCAUACGUGCUUAUGGAGAAAGAAAAAUGGGAGGCAAAAAAAAAAGGAAACAAGCCUGCAUGCCUUGAUUUUGCUGUUCUGCCUGCACGCCACCAGAGGGAGCUCCACUGCGACCGCUGAAAAUCACCACAACCACUGAAGACAUGCAGAAUCAACAGGAGGGCAGUUUGCCUCGUGCGACAUGAGCGCCAUCUAUUGAUUUGUCACCGCAGCUUCAGUGGAAGUGAAUGGACCGAUGAUGCUGCGCUAUUCCACUACGCUGACGACUCCACUGUUUUUAUGAGAGUCUGUUAUUGUUACUCACAGUGUAGAGGAGAUCGCAGCUUUACCGCAGGCAUGGAGGCAUGCUGGGAUCCUUGGGUCCAUGCUCCUGUGCUCAAACUUGGGAUAAAAACAACAACAACAACAAAGUCUCUCUCCCCUUUCCUUUCACCUUUCCAAAGGAAAACAAAAGUGGAAAAAAAAAAAAAAAAAAAGGAAUUGAACUCUCCGAGGUUCCUCACAGGUUUUUCUGCUACUAAUGACCCCUCAUUUCACCGCCGAUCAGGAAGGGAAUGGAGUAAUUUGGAGUUACAAUAAUGAAUGAAUAAGACAAUUAUAGCGACAUGACCGACACACAAAACAAGUAUGUUUUUCUUGUGUGUCUCUCUUUCCAUGGUUUGCUCUGUUUCUAUCUACAUUCCAGAUUGGAACUUUUUCAACUCCCUAAUCCUCAUCUCCCUGCGUUUUUUUGAAUGCUGACUUCUUUCUUUCUUUUUUUUCUUUUUCUUUCUUCCUUCUUCUUUACCCUUUCCUCGACCUUCUUGCCAUGUCUUUAAAGAAGUGUAUAGUGGGAAAAAAAAAUAGGAAUUUGGAAUGCAUGGAACUUUAUAUCCAAGACCUUACACUGUUCAUCAUUACUUAACAGAGGCCAUAAAGACACUGGAAAACACGUUUUAAAUAGAUGAAAUAAAAUAAUGACGAAGACGAAAGAUGUCACGGAAGGAAGAGGAAGUGACAACACAGGAAUCUGGCCACAGGACGAGGAGGAACCAUUGUUUUUCCAGAAAGGAGGGAAAGUUUUGAUUGAUUAUUUAAAAUGAAGCCGUACGCGGCCGGGUUGUUUUUCAGCCAUUACAAAGCCAUUAAGACAACAUUUACCUGCAAUGCUUGUGGUGAUGGUGUUUCUCCAAGUGCUCCACAACAUUUGGGUCUCAGAUAUUUUUCAUGUUGUUGUAGGCAGUUAUCAUUUGUUCAUUAUGUUUUCUUUUUUUUACAAUGUUUGUUUAAUUUGUCUGUUUUUUAUGUUACAGGUUAACUGUGUCGCCUUAAUCAUUUUUUUUUUACUGUUUUUAUGUUGAGGUAAAAGUGACAUAUUUUUAUUACUCCAUGUUUACCCACAGUAAUGCAUAUUUUCAUCGUGCCCUUUUUUACGUAAUAACUAUCAGCUGGAACACUGGCCACACUAAGAUUAAUUUAUAUUUUUGGAUUCACUUCAUGUUUGUAAUUAUUUAUUGUAUUAUUUUUUUGGAUUGUUUUUUAAUUUACGUUUUUUUAAUGUUUUGCUACCAUCAUCAAUCCUCUGUUGAUACUCUGGCUCUUUAAUUUACGAUUAGUAAUUAUAAAAGCAAUAGCAUAAGAGUAAGAAAGUAAAGAGCACAAUCUUGUGUCAUUUUAAAAGUUAGUGGAUCAGGAAUGUGUUGCCUCCGUCUGUCUAUUUUACCACUGAUGUACCACUCGAGUCUGACGAAAACAACAAAACGUACUACAGCUGAACUGAACACACCAUCAGAACAGGACCUCACCUGUAAACAGAGUGUGGUACUGCCCAGAUCUUCCCCUCCAACCAAUCGUGAGACGUUGAUGUCCUCUAUAAGCCAAUCAGUGGAUCGGAGUCGACUUGCUGCUCAUACGAGCUAGCUGGGAUGUGAAGUGAAAGCACUGCAGGACAGCAGAGAGGCACUGAAAAGCAGACCAGUCACACAUCGCCGCAGAAAUGGACUUUGACGGUGUCGCCUCCGGGGGGUUCGGGUCUCGAUGUGAUUGUUCUGACCUUCCGAGACAGACGUUUAUCGGAGUCUGCAAAGCGCAGCCGGGCUCCUUACACAUCAGCAUGUGUCUUCACUCUGUCAAAUGUGCACAGUGCACGUGUAAGCACACUCUGAAAUGGUGUCAAAGAGAAAAAUCAGCACUAACGUGACUGGAGAACCAGAUAACACACACUUGGUUGUGUCACAAAGUCACUCGCCUUUUGUUUUUUUUUUUUUUAUUUGUUUUCGUUUUCUAUCAUGGCGGCGUCCAGACCUGCAACCCAACCCCGACCCUCUCUCUAAGACUGUCAAUUGUCACGGAAACUUCUCAGGUCAGUGUUCUCCCUGCUGUUGCUCCUGCAGUGCAUUGUGGGAUCUGCGGUACGGUACUCAAAACACACUCUGUCCGGCCCAAACAUUAUGAGGCCUUCAAGAAACCAACGAACCAACCAACUUCUGCUGUAUAUUGUCUGUGUGUGAACGCUCGCUGGGAACCUUCGCAUGCCUCCCGGCGCAGAAAACCUCAAAGUCACUUCUAUAUUGUUCUGUUCCUAAUGUUUGUAUGUACGUAUGUAUGUGUGUGGGGGUUCUGUAUGCGUGUAUUGAACAACCAUCAUCCAAUGUGGAGAAAAAAAAAAAGACAAACAACAAAACAAACACACGAGUUCAACCACAAGAAAUGCAGUGGGCAGAAGAGGCGACCUCUCAUCUCCAACGUUCUAUGCAAUGAAUCCUAUUUGGAAAAUUGACAAAUGAGGAGGAAAAAGGAAGAGAAACACAAAUGUGGAAAAAAAAAAAAAAAAACAUUCAUUCAUUGUUUAUCACGCCUGAGUAUUAAUGACAUCAAGAUUGCUUUGUUUUGGCAUUCCUGCUUGAUAGAAACAAGGAGCAAAUUUGUUGGUAGAUGUUAUCUGUCAUCUGCUCAUUAGGAAACAAUGAAAAGGAUAUUUGUUUUAUUUGUGUUACAUUAACCUGCCAUGUUCAGGGUCCCCUCAACUCCCAAACUGGGAGCCUCUGUGGCCAAAGGGUCUCUCCAAAGAUGCAUUCAAGGUGACUGGGAAAUGGCAAGGUAGUGAUGCAUCCACCUUUAAAGAUGCAUGAGGAGAUGACAGUCUGAAAAUCCUUUGUGAUGCAGAAUAUUUGGAAAAAAUGUUGCACAAUUAAAGGUUCAUGUAAAUGACAAGGAAGUCUGCAAGGGGAAUGUGCAUCAAGAUAAGCAACAUUGGAUUUAUAUGAACAAAAAUCUAAAAUCAUACAAAAAAAAAAAAAAAAUGUGUUCAAAUUGACAAAAGUCCAUUAUCAAGGUGAAGUUAGAUGAGCAAAUGUAAAAGC